UCCCCGCCCGGCUGCGGGGCCAGUGGCAGGAGCUCCGCGCACUGCCAGCCGCGGGGGGCGUGGGAUGGGGGCGGCCGGGGAGGGGGGCGCCCACACUGACUAGAGCCAACCGCGCACUUCAAAAGGGUGUCGGUGCCGCGCUCCCCUCCCGCGGCCCGGGAACUUCAAAGCGGGCCGUGCUGCCCCGGCUGCCUCGCUCUGCUCUGGGGCCUCGCAGCCCCGGCGCGGCCGCCUGGUGGCGAUGACCCGGGCGCUCCGCUCAGCGCUCCGCCAGGCUCUCCUGCUGCUCGCCGCGGCCGCCGAGCUCUCGGCAGGACUGAAGUGUGUAUGUCUUUUGUGUGAUUCUUCAAACUUUACCUGCCAAACAGAAGGAGCAUGUUGGGCAUCAGUCAUGCUAACCAAUGGAAAAGAACAGGUGAUCAAAUCCUGUGUCUCCCUUCCAGAACUGAAUGCUCAAGUCUUCUGUCAUAGUUCCAACAAUGUUACCAAAACCGAAUGCUGCUUCACAGAUUUUUGCAACAACAUAACACUGCACCUUCCAACAGCGUCACCAAAUGCCCCAAAACUUGGACCCAUGGAGCUGGCCAUCAUUAUUACUGUGCCUGUUUGCCUCCUGUCCAUAGCUGUGAUGCUGACAAUAUGGGCAUGCCAGGGUCGACAGUGCUCCUACAGGAAGAAAAAGAGACCGAAUGCGGAGGAACCACUCUCUGAGUGCAAUCUGGUAAAUGCUGGAAAAACCCUGAAAGAUCUGAUUUAUGAUGUAACUGCCUCUGGAUCUGGCUCUGGUCUACCUCUGUUGGUUCAAAGGACAAUUGCAAGGACGAUUGUGCUUCAGGAAAUAGUAGGAAAAGGUAGAUUUGGUGAGGUGUGGCAUGGAAGAUGGUGUGGGGAAGAUGUGGCUGUGAAAAUAUUCUCCUCCAGAGAUGAAAGAUCUUGGUUUCGUGAGGCAGAAAUUUACCAGACGGUCAUGCUGCGACAUGAAAACAUCCUUGGUUUCAUUGCUGCUGACAACAAAGAUAAUGGAACUUGGACUCAACUUUGGCUGGUAUCUGAAUAUCAUGAACAGGGCUCCUUAUAUGACUAUUUGAAUAGAAAUAUAGUGACGGUGGCUGGAAUGAUCAAGCUGGCGCUCUCAAUUGCUAGUGGUCUGGCACACCUUCAUAUGGAGAUUGUUGGGACACAAGGUAAACCUGCUAUUGCUCAUCGAGACAUAAAAUCAAAGAAUAUCUUAGUGAAAAAAUGUGAAACUUGUGCCAUAGCGGACUUAGGGUUGGCUGUGAAGCAUGAUUCAAUACUGAACACUAUCGACAUACCUCAGAAUCCUAAAGUGGGAACGAAGAGGUAUAUGGCUCCUGAAAUGCUUGAUGAUACAAUGAAUGUGAAUAUCUUUGAGUCCUUCAAACGAGCUGACAUCUAUUCUGUUGGUCUGGUUUACUGGGAAAUAGCCCGGAGGUGUUCGGUCGGAGGAAUUGUUGAGGAGUACCAAUUGCCUUAUUAUGACAUGGUGCCUUCAGAUCCCUCGAUAGAGGAAAUGAGAAAGGUUGUUUGUGACCAGAAGUUUCGACCGAGUAUCCCAAACCAGUGGCAAAGUUGUGAAGCACUCCGAGUCAUGGGGAGAAUAAUGCGUGAGUGUUGGUAUGCCAACGGAGCGGCCCGCCUAACUGCUCUUCGUAUUAAGAAGACUAUAUCUCAACUUUGUGUCAAAGAAGACUGCAAAGCCUAAUGAUGAUAAUUAUGUUAAAAAGAAAUCUCUCACAGCUUUCUUUUCCAUUUUCCCCUUUAUGUGAACGUUUUUGCCAUUUUUUUUGUUCUACCUCAAAGAUAAGACAGUACAGUAUUUAAGUGCCCAUAAGGCCGCAUGAAAAGAUAACUCUAAAGUUAAGCAUGGGCAGGAAUUGACUUCAUCCAAUCUCUCUGUUAUGUUUAAUUUUAUUUUGAAAGCAACACCUCCACUCAUCUUUUUAUUUAAUAAGAAAGAACUAUAUUACAAAAGUAUAAAAUAAGCUCUAUAAAAAUGAUAUAGUCAUUAAGUUUUUAUUUUACUUGAACCAAGAGCACAUGAAUGAACAGGAAAAGAUGUUAAAAGUUUUUUUUUUUUUCUGAGACGAAAACUCAUUAAUUAAUCAUGCGAACUAGACCAUGCUAUCUUAAAUAGAAAUUUAGGUCAUGCAAUCUAUGUUUCCCCAUUUUUAAGUUAGCAGGACUUUUUAAAAAAUAAAUAUUGCUCUAAAUUUUAAUAUAUCAAACAUGUGAAAGUGGAGCUGCUCAGUGGAAGAUGUAAGUGAGAUCGGUGUCCCAUGUGCUUGGUCUCCUCUUCUGCUGUUCUCCUUUGUAAUCCACUACUGCAGCAGUCGCUGAACCACUAAACUUGUUCCUUUCUUUGCAAAAGACAUACCUGAUAUCCUGAGACACUGAGAAAUGUCCCAAAGUCACACAGCUAAUGGCAGAACUGGCACUAGGUCCACAUCUUGUGAUAAUGAGCACUGUAGUGCAAUUAUAUUAUCAUUACACUGACUGUAAUGAGUCAGCUAGCUUCCUACUUUUCCUUGAAUAGUGCUUUUCUCCCUAUGCAAUAUCUUUUAUUAUGAUAUUUGUGGUUUAGUCAUGCAGAAGGCAUAUUGAGUUAUUUUGCAGAAUCAUGAUGGACCUGCAUGAAAUCUCAGAACCAUAUCUGUUGAUAUUUUUUUCUCAUAGAAAUAUCAUGGUUACCCCAUUUGUUAAUGAGUAUUAAUGUUUUCUGAACACUUCCAAAGAUUAAUCAAACAUAAAUAUUCAUUGUCUGAAAAUGUCUUUAAGAUACAAUUCAGAGGUCCCUAUUUCCUUUGUACAUACACACUUAGAAAGAAAAGCCAGAAGAGGAAGAGGAAAGAAGGAAAUAUUUUGAGAAUAUAUUGAGAAGAAUUAAGAAAACUCUUCAAUGAAGUGUAACAACCAAACCCUACAGAGGGUAUGAGAAACAGCAAAUACAUAUUCCUCUACCCUUUCACAAUGAGCGAGUGAGUACAGAAGAAUGCUCAUGGUAGUUCUGCCUUCAUUCUACUUUCUGUGGACACAGAGUAAUGAAUAUUUAAUGGGACAUUAAAUAUGCCCUUCAAAUCUAUAAUGCUAUUUUGGUAAAGGAAGCUUAACAUGAUGUCUUUUAUUCUCCUAAAACAUCUUUUUUCAAACUCCAUUCCAUAGAACAUUCUUCUGCUGAGAUGAUCCAAGACCAAAGUGUUCUUUGAUAUUGCUUAGAAAGUGAUAGUACAUGUUAGCAUAUAAUGUAUUUUGAAGAGUGAAGUGAAUGCUAUUGAUAACAGUAAAAACAAAAAACAAACAAACAAAAAAACCAAAACUAAUAACAGUAAAGAAAUGCUACUUGAAUUUUUUUUAAACUGGAUUGCUCAGAUUACCUGAUCGUGGUGGAACCCUUUUAUUAAGAGGAGGGGAAACUUUUUACUAUCCCAUAUUUAACUGUUCUAUAAAGCAAAGCACAGCUUGGGUAAUAGUGUUCUGAAGGAUAUACUUCUGUAUUUUCUCAUAGAAUACAAUUUAGUGAUUAUGCUUCAUUUCACUAUGAAAAUAUGUUACUGAAUCUGUCUUCAUUUUACUGAGUUGAAAUAAGGAAGGCAAAACACUGACAGCUAUGGAGUUUGCGUGUGCUUCCAUACUUGUUAAUGCUCUCAUCCACUUAUUAAAUAAUCAUAGAGUACCCAUAUCUUGCUUGCCACAAUAUCGGGUACAAGAAGGAAUACAAAGAUAGAUAGGUCCUGCCCUCAGGGAUUUUAAAGUCUAAUUUGGGAAUGUGAAUAGGGAUGUGAGUGUGUGGGGGAAGAAAAUAAAUUGACAGAUAAAAUAUGAAGUGGGAUGUCUUGAGUUCUGCAUGACAGUGGGUUUCUAGGAUAGGUCUGAAAAUCGCUUUCAUUUGCAAUGCAUUUAGAAAGUAGCUUUAUUUGGAUAUUACAGACAAUCUAAAUAUAUCAUCAGUUUUUAAAAGUGCCUAUGUGAAGUGAUUUUUCAAAAGAGCCUAUGUGAAGGGGUAAUCUUGCUUGUGCUUGUUACUAAUUUCUCAUAGAUUGUUUUUCUGCAUAUAUAAGAAUGAAAUUAUUUAUUUACUAUGGUUGUACGUGCCUCAAAUAAACAAGAAUGAUAUUUCCUGUUUUAUUUACUUAUGUUGGGUAAAUAUGCUUAUUGAAUUUUUAAGAGAGGAUUUUUUAACAUCUCCAUUCUUCUUGUCAUUAUGUUUUGUAGCUUAUUUGAGGGUGUCUAAAUAUAAUUUCAUAUUUUAUUGGUUCAACUUUCACUCUGAAGAAAUCCGUAUGUUAGUACAUUUUGAGGUAUUUUUCUUGUUCUUGUGUUGGUUAACUAUGACUCCUUGCUGGGUAGUCUUAUAUUUCAAUUACAAAACACAUUUUUAAAGAAAGGGAAUAGAGCAGCAAAAAUGAUGAGGACAAUGUUAAAAGUUGUAAUAUUUCCUUUACUCUUAACAGGAUUAUAUAUAGAAUAUGCUCACUUACAAAAAUAGGAUGAUGAAGUUUAGAGCAUAAGGCAGGCUUCUUGUAUAUACUUAUGCUGUCAAAUGUUAUAUUGUUUUUAAUGGAGUCCCUUUGUGUAAUAUUUAUUUCUUUUAAAUUUUGUUAUAAGCAAAAAAAAAAAAAAAAAAAAAAAAAAAAUUCUUCUUAGGUUAGGUUCAGAGUAUCAGUGUUCUUUACUCCUUACAGAUAUUUUGGCUUUGGGGUAUAAUACAAGACUUGGGAAAACGCUAUUAUAAAUUUUCAGUACUGUAUAAAGUGGUGAUGGGAUUUAAAUGCAGCAUCACUUUCUGAAAAUAAGAGAAACAUUAUUUGUUGUCAGUAUUUCAGCAUGAACUUGUUGCCUUGUAAAUUUUGCCUUUAAGUUUGUAAUUGGUACAGAUUCUGUUGUAUGCUUUCUUCUAUGUCUAAAAUAUUUGGCAUGUCACAUCUAGAAUUCUUAAUUUAUGUUCUGACUUGAGAGUUAAGUGAAACAUGACUGUCGUGCACUAUUUUAGGCAUAGCACUUGCUUUUCAUCUUUAUACUUUCAAUUAACUUUGCAUUUUAAAUUUCCAUGAUUGUAUGAAAAUAGUAACCUGGUUGCAGUAUCUGAAAAAAUUAAAAUUAGCUUUUAUUUAAAAAUGAAAAUCUACAAUAGAUUCAUUAGGUUAGAAGUUCCACAGUAAUUUAUUAUUUUAUUACAGCUACUAUUGUAGAAUUAUUAAUAAAAUAAAACAAAACUACUUCUAUUUUCCUGGAAUUUUGCCACCACGUGACUCAUUGGGGCAGAGAAAACUCAGGGUUAUCUUUGAGUCUGCGCAAAAGUACCAGGGAACCUGCUUAGCAAAUCAUCUGAAAACAGGGAGUUGAUGUUUGCCAUUAUACAAAGAUUGAGUAAACAACUUAAAAUUGCUUGUUAGGGCAUAGUCUUUGAUUGAAAUAAGUAUGAGAGUGUAUUUGGCUAAAUAAAUGUAUUUAAAAUAUAGAAAUUUUAUUUCCCACUGGAAAAUUAAGAAAAUAACAGUACCAAAUGAAUAAAAGCUGGCAGUUGAUGUCUUCGAUAAUCAUUCCUUUAAAUAAAUUCACAAACACAUCAUUACAAGCUACUUAGGAAUGUUUAGUAUUAGUAUCUUAAAAUGGCACCAUUGUGGUUUUCGAAGAUAUUUUAAACAUCUUUUGUGAAACAUACCAUUUCUGUUUGACAAUGCUUAGUUCUAGCUCUG